UUUUUGUUUUUUUAAGCUGAUCUCUUUGCCUCUCGCUCAGGCCGAGCGCAGGAUCAGCCGCGCUCGGCGCCUUGCCCGGUCCCGCCCCCCCGACAUGGCGGCGCGGCUGCCCCUCAGGGCGCUCGGGAGCCGCGGCCUCCGCCUCGUCCUGCUCCGCUCCGGCGGCUGCGCCCGCGCUGCCCACAGGGGCACAGGUACCCACGGGGACACGGGUACCCACGGGGGCACGGACAAAGGGUCUCUGACUAAACAAGCUGAAGCAAGAGUUACUACAGACUGGAAAAAAAAAUUGACUCCGGAGCAAUUCUAUGUUACAAGAGAAAAAGGAACUGAACCGCCAUUUAGUGGGAUCUAUCUGAAUAACACGGAAUCGGGAAUAUACUACUGCGUGUGCUGCAAUGCCCCACUCUUCAGCUCAGAAAAGAAGUACAAUUCUGGGACUGGAUGGCCAUCAUUUUCUGAGGCUUAUGGUACUUGUGGCAGAGAUGAAAGUAAGACCAAUAUCAUGAGACGACCAGAUAAGUCACUGGGAUUAACUAGAACUGAAGUUGUCUGCAAACAGUGUGACGCCCAUCUAGGCCAUGUGUUUGACGAUGGUCCCACACCUUCUGGGCAGAGGUUCUGUAUCAACAGUGUUUCAUUAAGCUUCAAACCAGGCUCUGGUCAGUGAGAAGUGGAUCUCUGUGGCUUACAGAAUGUCCCUUCUCUGCUUGUACUGCAUGCUUGUGAAAAACUGUCAUGCUUUUAGUAUAUAACCCAAAUGUUAGUACUUAUGCCACGUAGCUUUGUUUUCCAGUUAUUAUCUUUGUUAAUAAAAUACAUAUUUUUGUCAUAACUCUUUUGCAGUCUGUCUUUUCAUGGUUAGUGUGAUGUUUUGAUUUGCUUACUGGUUUUUUUCAUCUAAAAAAAUCUGUGCAAUAGUUCACUGUAAUAACUAUCAUCAUUAACUCUAUUGAGGCUGCUGAAAUGACGUGCUCUCCUGAAGCUGUCUAUUCUGACCAGUAAUUGUGGCACCCAGGAACACAGAUAUACAUGGCUGAUCAUGCCACAGCUUAUACUUCUGUAAAACCAUCUUAUCUUUCUAAAGGGAAGCAAAAAUACCAUGAAUCUUCAAAUAAGGUUUGGUUUUGGUUUUUUUACCCUAAUGUGAGAGACCUUUAGCCAAGCCAAGUGACUUUUCCAUGAACCCACGAAAGCAAAGUCCUGAAGGAGGGCCCUAAUUAAAACUAUUCCAGGCAAUGGAACCAGUGGAGACACGGAGUCUUUCUUCUUUUAAAUGAAUUAUUUUGAUUCUGUGUCCAAUAGCAGAGCUGAAAUAGGGUUUGCUCCAGGAACUUUCUCUUGCAGCAAUAAUAUGAUUAUAAUGUAAAUAUUUAAUAAUAUUUAUUAAAUAAAAAUGAAUGUGAAAUGUACUGUAUUUGGGGAAAAUAAAUUGGCAUCAAAAAACAGGUUCAGUAAAAUGAUGUUUUUGCUGAAAACAUGCCUUGUCUGUUCUUUCUUGUACAAGUUUGUAAAUACUUCUGUAUUCUCCCAAGCAUUGUCAUUAUGGUUUGCUCUAACAGAAAAAUAAAUCCUAUUUUUGUUAAAUUGA